AUGCUGCAUCUUGAACGCGAACGAAUUGAUGGAGAACGUAUCAGUACCAUUUCAAAUUUUUUAUCUGCAGUUGAAUGUCAGCAAUUGAUUGCACGAGCAGAAGAAUCUGGUUUUAAGUUAAGUCCUCCUUCAGGUGGUGGCCAUGGUCGUACACAUCGCGAAGAUGCCAGAACUAAUGAAUAUACAGUUAUCACUGAUCAAUCAUUAGCUGAUAAAUUAUUUCAACGGGUAUCACCAGUGCUUCCUCGAACUUUAGAAUGGAUGGCAGAUAAUGCUUAUUUUACAAAAGAUAUUGGAGGUCGUGAAUGGUCGAUUGCCGGAUGUGUUGAUCGUCUACGGUUCUAUAAGUAUAAUAAAGACGAAGAAUAUCCUGAACAUAUGGAUGGUAGUUAUAGUCGUACUAUAACAUAUAAUAAUGAAUCACAAAAAGCGUACAAGCAACAUUCGUUUUUAACAUUGCUAAUCUACUUGAAUGAUGACUUUCAAGGUGGUGCAACGAAAUUUUAUCCCGAUAAACAACAUUGUCGAUUCCUUCGAGAUAUUGAAAAUAAACAAGCUGUUCAUAUAGUUCAACCGAAACAAGGAAUGGCCUUGGUAAAUAUUCAUAAUAUUCUCCAUGAAGGAUCAAAAGUUCAAUCAGGUAUUAAAUAUGUCUUAAGAACAGAUAUCUUAUAUCAAAAACCAAUGGAAUCACAUCCAAAACUUGAAAAAUACUCACAGAAAAGCAGUAAUGACAGCGGUAAAAUCGUAGUUUCCGAUUGGGAAAAACAUUUUGAACCAUCAUGUAAAAUGUAUCAUGAUUAA